GUUUGUUUGCGGAAGUGCUCCGCUCGGGAAGAAACGGGUGUCUCAGAUCCUGCUGAAACUCAGAUUAUUAAUUUUUCUGAGAAUUCCCAAUAAAUCUACAUUUUGUCUUGUGUUUGAUAAAGAAAAGUCAGCAGAACUUUUCCAGCUGAAUCUCAGACCAGGACGGGUUCUGGUCUCUUCAAACAGCGCAGCUGAUGUCUGGGAGCGCGAGGACAGCGCAGAAGGGCUCCAAACCAUGGCUCCAGGUCGUCUCUUCGGUUGUGGUCUCCGCUGCAGCCGUGACCGCGGUCGGCUGCGUGUGCGCGCUCCUGUACCCGGUCCUCAAAGAGCUGCGAGCAGAAAGAGUGACAGCAGAGGAUGGUGCUGAGCAGAGGAUGCUGGGUUUCUGGAGCGUCCUGGUGCUGUCAGUGUUGGCAGGAAUCAUCUGCUGUGUCUUAUCAUGGACUCUCACCUAUCUGGACUCCUACCAGCCUGGGACGACGUUCCCAUCACCUCUGAUCCUGCUCAGCUUCAGAAAUGAAUCCGCCCAUGGUUUCCACAUGAGUUAUGGGAUUGCUGCUCUAAAUGGUCUCAUGGCCAUGGUGACCGUCAUCUGGAGCCUCACCUGAAACUGGCUUCUGAGAAGCUCUGCAGUAUCAGAUCGAACCAACACUUGUAAAGGAACGUUUAGCCAUGAUAAAUCCUCAUUUUUUGUCACUGUAAAAAGGGCUUUGGAUUUCUGUCAGUGUUCCUAAGGUUAACCUCAGGGGUCAGAGACUGGUUCCAACUGGUUUUCAGGCUGAAUCAUGCAGGUCAGAUGAAUAUGCAGAGAAUACAGCGUUGUUUUAUUGUUGUUAAUUUAAUAAAAUUUAGUUUAUUUCAGUUGUUUACAAAUAAAACAAGGACAUUUGCUUUUCUAAAUUUGGUGAUACUUUACAGUCAACAACCCACAAUGACGACAUAAACAGAUUUUAUAAGAUUUUCUGUAGCUGGAUGUCAGAACAAACAUAAACUGGAGCAGAAAAAUACAUAAAAUACCAAUUUAAAUGAGAAAAAAGGACCUGAAUAGAUGAAUUUGGAAAAGUCUGUUUAAAUUAAUCAUAAAAAAAUAAAUCUGUUCAGAUUCUCUGAAUUAAUGAGACAAUUCAACUAUAAAAGCUCUACAAUAACAAACUAAUAAGCCAAGGUUAUGUAACUUAGUAUGAAAUUAGUAUAAUUUUGCAGAUUGACCCUUUAGCUGCACUGGAGCCUUUUUCCUUUUACAGCUGAGAAGUAAAGAAAUGACGGGAAGCCAAGUUUAUGAGCAUCCAUUUGUUUUUGUAGCUAAGAUAAAGUUUGUUUUCCUUCAGAAAAACUGAAAAAAAAACUUUUUUUAAUUUUGUAAAACAGGCUUCUUAAUUAAAAAACCAGCUUUUUUCCUCUGCAGAAGUUUGGGGUUUCUUCAGUUUUAAUCUUCUCUACAUCCACUAGGGGGCAGUGUAUGACUGAUUUAAUAUGGAAUUGUUUAACUGUUAAUCUGCAGCUCUAUUGUAAAUGUGUAUUAAAGUAGUGAAAACUUGUUCUCAUAUAUAUUAUGUUAUUGAGAAAGAAAUAUGAGCAGGGUUCAGUAAGUGUAAGUUCAUAGUCAGCAUGUAUACAGUGAACUUGUUCCUGGGCAGAAUCCACUGCAUUUUCCUUUUUUUUUCCCCCCAACUCUGGUGAAAAGCAACCAGUCAUGAUCCUGUAAAAAAUUCUUUUAAACCUCCUAGAGCAGCCUUCAUUCACAAGUAGUUUAUACCAGAACUCAAAGUUUGGGCUUUUAAAUAAAUAAUCCUCAUUUUACAUAAAACUAAAGAUUCUAGAAAUGGUGUUAAAGGAAGACUGUACAUAUGCCAUAAAAUGACUGUUUCACUCUGAAACUUUGGCUAUUCAACUAAAUGCGAAUCAGGUACAUGUGUGAAGGUUUGGGGUUUUAAGGACUUGCUAAGCAUCCACCCUGUGUCAAAAUCCGGUCCACGGGGGCCGGUAUCCUGCAGAUUUUUAUUGUUUCUCUGAUCUAACACACCUGAUUGAAAUUAAUGGGUUACUGUGAAGAAGUUGACAAGAAGCUGUUGGAUCCAUUUGAUUUUAUUCAGGUGUGUUGGAGCAAGGAAAUAACUAAAACCUGCAGGAUAGCGGCCCUUGAGAACCGCAGUUUGACACCCCUAAAUACUGAGUUUGCAGCUCUGCAUCCAAUCAUCCAGUAGGAAAGAAAAGAUGCAGAUGUUAGUGAUGGAGAGAAAGAAGCCUGCAUGUUAACUAUUCAUCAAUAAUGAGAAAGCAGAGUUCUGUACUCAGGAAGCAGUUUGAGUUCUUUUGUUUUUCAAUUACACUUCAUUUGUAUUGCACCAAUUCAUAAUAGUCAUCUGGAAAUACUUUUAAGCCCUUAAAAUCCUGCAGUUUUUUACCUAAAGUGGGUUUUUAUAUUUAAAAGAUUUGUUUUGGACCAGCUGUUUUACUACAUUUACUGGACCACUGCAGAUGUAACAGAAGCAUUUUUGCUGCAGCAUCAUCUGCUACUGGAGUACAGUAUGGCUGCAACGAUGCAUGGCAUCUGUGACUGCUCUGAUAUACGUGUUUAAUGAAUGUACAGUUAGAAAUGACAUACAUCAUUCACAUCUCAGGAAUUUUACAAUGUGUAGGUACCUGGAAGGGAGACUAAGUAAAAUACAUAUUUAUUUGUGAAAUAACAUCAUGUCCUGCACACAGACAUCUAGGACUAACAGGUACCAGAAAAAGUCCAAUUCAGUCCAAUUCAUUGAACACCAAAUUAAGACAAAUCAAUAAUAUGAUUCAAAUUAUCAAAGAAGAAACUUGAAAUAAAAUCACCUUUAUAUUUUCCUCUUAAGCUUUGCACUAAUUUCCUAACAAUGUUUUUUUUUUUAUUUUAAUCCUUAUAUUAAAUAAAUGAAAAGUAGUUAAAUUGGACAUCUACGUUUGGUGUAGUUGUUCCUUUACAUGACAUAUUUAACUAAACUAAUCCUUUCCUUUGGUAAGUGUGCGCUGUGGCUUUCAGAGCACAGCCAGGUACGUAGUGAUAAAAGAGUGGGCUAAGUUUCCUGUAUUAUAACUGUGGAGACACCUGGUCUUAGGACUGGCAUAUUUUUGUGGCCCUUGAAGAAUAAAAUUUUUAUUUCCUUCAAAAGCAAGACCAUGUGGGACUGGAUGAUUAAAAUGUGGUUAGAGAUGUGGAGGCUGUGCAGCAGCAACAUGGAUGAAUGAAUGAAUACUUUAUUAAAAGUACUUUAUUAGUCCCAUGAGGGAAAUAAUUAUGUUGUGGUAGUUUUUUUUUUUAAUUAGACAUGAAUAUUAGUGAAAGUCUUGCCCUGGAGGAUGACGGCUUCUGGCAGGAAUGACCUCCUGUAUGUUUCAGUGGACCUGAAGUAGCCUCUGACUGAACUCAUUGUUUCCUCACUGAUGUUGUUUAGAGGGUGUGAAACUUCUGCAGUUCAAUAGUCAAAUAAAUAUUAAAUAAUCAUGUCAACAGCUGGAUCACAAAAAAUUGCAGUCUUGUUUUUAUUAAAUGAAAAAAAAUCCAACAAAACUUUACAUGUUUAUUUUAAUACACAUGGUUACAAAAUAAAGGAACACCUGUAAAUGAUGUAAAACACAUUAUUUGGCAAUUUGGUUUGUUUCUGAUUGCAUAGAUAAGCUGAAAAACAAAGAGGAAGUGAUGCAAAAGUUUGUUUUUUCAGUCAUAAAAAAAGAGUCCCUCUUUAAAUUCUAAGGUUUUAUGUAAUAGGACAUAAAAAAAUGAUCUGAAUCUCUGGUUAAAUUAACCUCAGAUGAUCUUUUUAUUUGCUGAUUAUUAAUCAAAUACAUUCAAAUUAAUUACAGACUCUUCA